AACCAGACGCUGCUUUGGAGUCCGGUUUGCAUAUCUAAUGAAGUAAUGCAGUUCGUCUGGUCAAACGUAAGUCCAAACUUCAUCGCACUCUGCCACUCUCAAUCGCAAAAUGCAACCCUCCUCUGCGUUUUGCCAAACACCCGCUUCGCUUUCCAUGGACACCAACGCCCCAAAUCUUGCCACCGCCGGAACCCCUGACGACGGCGGCGGGCCCGAAAUCAAGGUCAACGUUUCCCAUGGUCCCUCUCACCACGAGGUCCACCUUCCAGCCCAAUCAACUUUCGGGGAUCUCAAGAAAUUGCUUGUGCAUAAAACUGGUUUAGAGCCUGAACAGCAACGACUUUUCUUUAGAGGAAUAGAAAAGGAUGAUAAACAACACUUGCACCAGGAAGGUGUGAAGGACAAGUCCAAGCUUUUGCUUUUGGAAGAUACUGCUAGCAAAGAGAAGAAACUUGAGGAAGCCAGAAAACAAAAUGAGAUGUCAAAAGCUUCUGAAGCUGUUGCCGGAGUUAGAGCUGAGGUGGACAAGCUUUCCUAUAGGGUGAGUUCCCUGGAAGCGGCUAUUAAUGGGGGGAACAAGGCUUCUGAGAAAGAGUUUCUUGUGUUGACGGAGUUGCUUAUGAAGCAAUUGCUGAAGCUGGAUACUAUUAAGGCUGAAGGUGAAUCGAAGUUGCAGAGAAAAGCUGAGGUACGUCGUGUGCAGAGCUUGGUCGAUACCCUAGAUGCUCUAAAGGCACGAAAUGCCAACCCUUUUAGCAGCAGUGACAAUGGUGUGAAAGUUACAACCCAAUGGGAGACCUUUGACUCCGAAAUGGGAAACUCUAAUGCCCCACCUUCAACAUCAUCUUCUACUAAAGUAACUGAAGACUGGGAACGGUUCGAUUAGCUAAUAAGUUGCUGUGGAACACUAAAUUAUAAAGUUUAUACAACACCAUAGGGUUGGACUUUGAUGCUUCAUUAUUUAUUCAAGGUUCAAUCUUUCUUAAGUUUGCCGUAUAUUUCUUGGCACAAAGAUAAGAUUGCUGGUUAGCUUGUGAAGUAGGUGGCAACAAUUCUGGUAGCAUAAGGAUUCUUUCCCUUAAUAGAGGUAAGACUGAUAGCACUUAAUCCUCUGCAGACUUCAUAAUAUUUUGGACAUGAGAUGGGAGCCCCAUUUUCUUAGUUUUAGAACUAAACAUGUGUAUAAGUUAAAUUGUAUUCUUUUAGUUGAAUAGUAUUCCUGCACUGUUAUGGUUAAUGACUUAACGCAUUUUUAUUUAAA